AUGUCCAUGUUCCGGCGCAGCAGCUGUGAAGCGCUGACCUUCCAAACGAAAGCCAUAGCAGCAGCUACGGCAACUGCUCCUGCUUCAAUUCGUCUACCUUGGCCACCUUUGGACCCAAGGCUGGUACUGCGAGGCCAACAACAGUCCCAGUCCCCGUCCCCGUCCCCGUCCCAGUCCCCGCCCCAGUCCCAGUCCGGUGACCGUUCAGCCUCGUCGGGGAACACCGUAAAAUCGCGGGGUCAACGUCUCGGUCAUCUUCGUCAAUCCUCAUCUCUCCCUCUCCCUCUCCCUCCUUCACCUCACCGCCGCACAUCUCAACAUAGAUUGUUCUCCAGUACUAGACUCGCUAUGACGGCUACCAAGAUUGAUGGCACUGCCAUAGCGAACAGCAUCCGUGAGAGGAUCCAUGCCGAGAUUGAGGCGACCCAGAAGGUCAACCCUCAGUACAAGCCCUCUCUCAAGAUUAUCCAAGUCGGAGAUCGUUCAGACUCUUCUACCUAUGUUCGCGCGAAACUAAAGGCUGCUGAGCAGGCCAGCAUCGACUGCGAACUCCUCCAGUAUCCCGAGACUAUCUCUGAAGUCGAAUUGCUCAAGGAAAUCACUCGUCUCAACCACGACACUACAGUCCAUGGAAUCCUGGUCCAACUACCAGUGCCCGCACACAUUUCCGAAUAUGCUGUUACCUCGGCUGUAGCAGACGAGAAGGACGUUGAUGGAUUUGGAGCGAGAAAUAUCGGGGAGCUAGCCAAGCGGGGAGGGCGGCCUCUAUUCAUACCGUGUACCGCCAGAGGUGUGAUGGCUCUGCUCGAUGCGGCCGACAUCGACCUCACAGGAAAGAACGCUGUUGUCUUGGGACGUAGCAAUAUUGUGGGAAGCCCCGUCAGCUAUCUUUUCAAGAAUGCCGAUGCCACUGUCACCGUCUGCCACUCCCGAACGGUUGGCCUUGAGGAGCAUGUCAAGAAUGCGGACAUUUUGGUGACAGCCACUGGUAAGGCGAACUUUGUCAAGGGGGAGUGGUUGAAGCAAGGAGUCGUGGUUAUUGACGUCGGAACCAACUUCAUCCCUGACGAGACGAAGAAAUCGGGUCAGAGACUCGUUGGCGAUGUGGAUUUUGCAUCCGCCUCAGAAGUGGCCUCGUAUAUCACUCCCGUUCCGGGUGGGGUUGGACCCAUGACAGUUGCUAUGUUGCUUCAGAACGUCGUAGACGCGGCAGCGCGGUCAUCGGAGAGCUAG